ACUACUCUUUGGUUUUCAUUCAUGAGACGUUUGAAAGAAGGGGUAAGACACAUUUUUCUGAGAAAGUAGAUCUCUUCUCAACAUGGCUGCAGAAGUCACUUACGCUGAACUGAAGUUCAAAACUGAAUCCAAGCCCUCAGACCCCAACUCAGACUCACCUGCAGCUCCUAAAGGGAAGGCCACCCCUCAGAGAAGUAAUCUUUGUUUUCCCAAGAUGCUUCUUGUCCCAUUGCUGCUGUUCAUCCUUCUGUCCGUUGUGUUCACUGUUGCUUUUAUCAACCAAGUCUGGAGCUGUUGCCCAAAGAACUGGAAGCCAUUUAGCUCCCACUGCUAUUUCUACCUAGCUAAAGCAAAAUCAUGGCAAGAGAGCAAGGAGCACUGCUCUAGUCUGGAGGCUCAUCUGGUGGUGAUCACCAGCAAGGAGGAGCAGCACUUCAUAACCCAGCAUAUGAAAACUAAUGCUGCUUAUUACGUGGGGUUGUCAGACCCCCAUGGUCAGAGACAUUGGCAAUGGGUGGAUCAGACACCAUACAACGAAAGUGCCACAUUCUGGCAUGACGAUGAGCCCAGCAGUAAUAAUGAACAUUGUGUUAUAUUAAACUAUCGUGGAAAAUGGGGCUGGAAUGACGCCUCUUGUGAUGGUCCUCAGGAGUCAGUUUGUGAAAUGACAAGCAUCUGUUUAGUGGACACCCAUCGUUAUACAGCUAGCUAAUAAUGCUUUCCUUACGUGUAAGGGAUGCCCAUAGAAUUUUAGUUAAGUGGUCAACUAUUCCACUUACGAGAAAUUAGUUAUCUUGCUUAUGUGUUUAUUGCCUGAUGUACUUGUUAAAAUAUAAGCAUUUAUUGAACAUUCUGCAUGUGCAGACUAUACCAGAGCCUGGUAUUUGUGCACGGAGCCUUUCUGUCUACCUGAUAAGGUUCAUUUACUGGUGUAAUUCUAUAUGGCCCCUCCACUUAUUUCUUCUUUUCGCCCUUUACUUUUAUUGAUGUAUAAUUGUCAACUGAAACUAGAUAUUUUAAAUUACAAAAUGCUUAUUGGAUAAUAUACUACAUACAU